AUUUUUUUGUCCUUUAGUAAAAGAGUCAUUUAACCGGGUACAUUUUCAAAGUCUCUUCCUUUUGAAUUACCAAGUAUACAAUGUCUGCAAUGCUUCGUCUCCAAGCUUUGAGAACUCAGAUUAGACCAACUGGUUCUUCAAUUCGUUCCUUCUCCAUCUCUGCCAUUAACUUGGACAAGAUCAAAGUCAAGAGCCCAGUUGUUGAGCUUGACGGUGAUGAGAUGACCAGAAUCAUCUGGCAAAAGAUCAAAGAUCAACUUAUCUUGCCAUACGUUGAUGUCGAUCUCAAGUACUACGAUUUGGGAAUUGAGAGCAGAGAUGCCACUAAUGACCAAAUCACCAUUGAUUCUGCAAACGCCAUCAAGAAGUACGGUGUCGGUAUCAAGUGUGCCACCAUUACACCAGAUGAGGCCCGUGUUGAGGAGUUCCACUUGAAGAAGAUGUGGAAAUCUCCAAACGGUACUAUUAGAAACAUUCUCGGUGGUACUGUCUUCAGAGAACCAAUUGUCAUUCCACGUAUCCCAAGAUUGGUUCCAGGUUGGGAAAAGCCAAUCAUCAUUGGUAGACACGCCCAUGGUGAUCAAUAUAAGGCCACCGACUUGGUUGUUCCAGGAGCUGGUAAGUUGGAACUUGUCUACACUCCAGCUGAUGGUUCUGCAAAGGAAACAUUGGAGGUUUAUGACUACAAGGGUGCUGGUGUUGGUCUUGCCAUGUACAACACUGAUGAAUCUAUUGAGGGUUUCGCUCACUCUUCUUUCAAGUUGGCUGUUCAGAAGAAGCUGAACAUCUUCCUCUCCACAAAGAACACCAUCUUGAAGAAGUACGAUGGCCGUUUCAAAGACAUCUUCCAAAAGAUUUACGACGAGGAGUACAAGGCCCAAUUUGAAAAAUUGGGUAUCUACUACGAGCACCGUCUGAUUGACGAUAUGGUUGCCCAAAUGAUCAAGUCUAAGGGUGGAUUCAUCCUGGCUUUCAAGAACUACGAUGGUGAUGUUCAAUCCGAUAUCGUUGCCCAAGGUUUCGGUUCUCUUGGUUUGAUGACAUCUGUUCUCGUUACCCCAGAUGGUAAGGCCUUUGAAUCUGAAGCUGCUCACGGUACAGUUACAAGACAUUACAGACAACACCAACAAGGUAAGGAGACUUCUACAAACUCCAUUGCUUCCAUCUUUGCUUGGUCUAGAGGUUUGGCUCAAAGAGGUAAGCUUGACAACACACCAGACGUUGUUAAGUUUGCUGAUUUGUUGGAGAAGGCUACCUUGGAUACCGUCCAAGUUGAUGGUAUCAUGACAAAGGAUCUUGCCUUGGCUGCUGGUAGAACCGAUAGAGAGUCAUACGUUAACACAUCCGAGUUCCUCGAUGCCGUCGACAAGAGAUUACAAUCUGAGAUGGAGAAGUCUGGCUUGAACUAAAAAACCAGUUGAAGUGAACCUUUUUUUAAUGGCAUUGUGAAUUGUCUUACGUUGGAGUUAAAAGAAACAAAUCUAAUACAAAGGGAGGAAAGGUCACGGUGAUACGAAUAUUUCUCCAUUGACUAUACAACUUAUAUAUAACAUGCAUUUUAUGAUUUUGAGGGUUUUAUAGCAGAUAUAAGAAGUGCUGGACAUUCAAAGUAUAGUACUAGGGGAGGUACUUGUAGCCUGUGAACCUUCACUUGUGAUUUGUAGCCUGGCUUGCAGAGCCCACUGCAUUGUCAGUAAGCUCUAUUGAAGAAUUGCCGGUCUUAGACUCUGUUUCGAGAUAUUCCCAGAGGUACAUAAGACCAUAGUAUGUACCAAAUGUAAUUGAUAGCACUUUAACCAA